UUUAAAUUUUUAUUUUUACAAACUUUCAACUUUUUGUCAGCGUGAUUGUCCAGAAAUUUACAAUUUAAUAUCACGUGAUGGCCGGCAGAGAAACCUUAUAAUUCGAAGUGUUUUGUUUUAUUUUUACGGUUUGACACUUGGUAUACUUUUCUGGAAGUCCGUUUUGUUGAGCAUAGGGAUUUCUUUCACGACCAGCUUUUACGUGGGAUUAUCUGUAUCGUUAUUCCUCGGUAAGGAACAUAAAAUCAUCAGUACAGAAGUGAAACUCGUUUCUCAUUCGGAUAGGUUAUGGAUGUGCUCUAACCACCCGAAUGCGUUGCUUCAGUUCCCUCUGUUUGGUUGGUUUUUUGGGUAGAGCCGGUCGAAGUAUGAUGAAAGCCAUAGUGUUGGGUUACAUUCUGACCGGGCCAAUCAACAAUCUUGGGUUGAACGCUCGUGAGGUGGUUCGGGUGUUCACUUGCUCCACCGUGCUGACGUACAAUUUGACCAAAGUACGGUUUGAUUUGAUGACGAAACCAUUUCAGAAUGCAUUAGUUGGUAGCAAAGAGCAGCUGGAACAAAUUAAGCAUGAGUUUCGAGCCAUUGUGGAUAUCGUUGAACCGAUUCGGUCAGAAGUGGAAGAUUCGGAGGAGUUCAAUACAACCCUGAAGCCAAAACGGCAGAUGACAGAGAGAAUUCCUGAGCAGUACCAUCAAAUGUACAGUCAGAAAUUAGUAAAACGCUGCAAGAGUCAGCUGGAAAAUGGUGUGAAACGCUGUAAACAUGAAUUUCAGAAAGUUUACGAUCAAUGCAACCUAAAGUUACCCAUCGUAAUUAGAACAUUGAUGUGCUGGCCGCUUAAGAUAGAUUUCGUGUGCAGUAGCAGUGAAAUGUUCGGUGAUGAAGAUGAAAUCUGUUCACCCGAUGAAGUGAUUAAUGAGGAAUUUGGACAAGACUACGGCAAACUAAUGAAUGCCGAAGAGGAAUUGAUUGGAGGAUUGGAUGGUGUUCAAAUAGCAUACGAAUUUGUGGAUAUAGAACAGCACAGCGGAUAUUUGUAUAGGAUAAGUUUCUGCCUUGAUCGUAGCACUUAUGUUUUGCUUUAUAUUACAGAACUGCUAAGGAAACUAGUAAAGAAGUCGUACGACAGUUUGAAGAGAAGAAAGAAUCGUUUGAUUUGGUAGUUUAUAUUUUGGAAAAAAUCUUUACGUUCUUUUUCCUAAAAGUGAUUUUUGGUGCUGUUCGUUAUCAUAAAAAAUACUUGAAUGAGAUGGAUUUCGAGAAUGUGUACAUCACAGAAUAUUUUCGACACGUGAACA